AGAAUACCCUCCUCGCGGAUGUGAACGAGCGAGCGCUAUCUGAACGAAGAAACAAAAACAAUAACAGCGACGCAACGUUUGUGUUGGCGAGGCGUUGAAACGUCUGCUCCGCUGCGCUUUUUCCCUCCAGUUAUGCAGUCUUAAGCAGUUUCAGAGACUCUGUCAAAAUGUAUAACGGAAUCGGGCUGCAGACGGCCCGAGGGUCGGGCACAAAUGGAUAUGUACAGAGAAAUAUGGCUUUGAUCCGCAACACAAAGAACAAGAUUGACUUUCGGACAGAAGAGGAGUUGCAGAAGCUAGAGGAUCAGAGGACCCGAGGUCCAAAUGCAGAGAUACGAGAACAUGCCCGCAAGAGAGCUCUGGAAUUGAAGUGCGCUGAGAUGGAGGAUGUGAUGAGGGAGCAGGGGUAAGUUAGUCAUGUAUUUUUU